CUUGUUUGUUCAUGCAGUUGUUUUCAAACGGGAUGAAAGAGUCAGAGCAAUGUCAUGUAACCUUGCAAAUCAAUGCGACAGAGGAAGCUAGUCUCAUGGAGCUAUUGAAGUUUAUGUAUAGCAACAAUUUGACUGUUACAGCUGCUUAUGAUGUGCUUGAUGUACUAUUGACUGCUGAAAAAUUUGAUGUUGCUUCAUGCACGAGAUAUUGCGGCCGUUUAUUAAGAACUCUAACGAUGACACCUGAAUCAGUACUAGUAUAUCUUGAUCUUCCUUCAACUAUUUUAAUGACUGAAGCAUUUCAGCCACUAACUAUUGCUACCAAGCAGUUCUAUGUUGUCUAUUUCAAAGACAUGACCAAGUACGAUAAAGAUGAGAUUCUUAACUUGCCGCUCGCUGGUUUGGAGGAGAUUAUAGCUAGUGAUGAUCUCCGGCUGUUAUCAGAAAAUGAAGUUUACCGUUUUGUCCUCAAAUGGGUCGCGUCCCAGUACCCUAAACUAGAGGACAGCCGUAAAAUCAUGAUGACCCGACUUGCAAAGUUUAUUCGUUACCCUUACAUGACACGUAGAAUGCUUACAGAUCUCCUCACCCGCGAGGAGUUCGACCCUGAAUUUGCCGAAAAGGUAGUAACUGAAGCACUUUCUUUUAAAUCCGCGGUCCCAAACAAGCAACACGCAUAUAUCAGCGAUGAAAACUCUAAUGUUAACCGUAGGUUUGUGGAACGGCCCUACAAGGUACGACCCAUUAAAAUGGUUAAAUUCCAACAACCGCGUCCACAUUGUGUGGUCUACUUAGAAUUAAAACGUGACAUUUGCGCAAGUUUGUUUCCAUCGGGUAAUCUUAUUUCAGAACCAUUUGAGUUUGGUGGUCAAGAGUUUUUCUUGAUGGCCCUGCAUCACAUGGACCAUUUCGAGGUUUACUUAGCUACGGUACAUGGGCCAUGUGCUUUUCCGUUUGACUAUGAGUUCGCAGGAACGGACUCAAUUCACGCUCAAGAGUUUGUUAGCAGAUUCAAAAGGAGUUAUACAUGUGAAGAGUUGUUUAGUCCCAUAUUGUUGUUUAAGAUUCCGUGGACUUGUUUUAUGGGAGAAGAUAAAAAAGUCCUCUAUUUCAUUAAUGAUAGAUUUCAUCUUAGUGUUGAGCUUACUGAUAAGCGUUGAGAAAGUAACAACAAUCAUUUCGCAUAUGGUAAUUCGGAUUAAACAUUUGCUGUUCUAAUUUUUGGCUAAUUGUAUUUUGUUAAUGUAUUGUUAUGGUUU